UCUAUCUUUUCUCAUUCUCUCGGUGAUCAUUCUGUUCAUGACUUACCAUCCAAGUUAAUAGCAGCUGCUCAAGCUGGUUUAGAAGCUGUUGAAAUCUCCACCAUCGAUCUAGAUCACCACGCUCUCCAAGCUCAACAUGCUUCUCAACCAUCUCCCUUACUCUCUGCAGCCACCGAGAUCGGGGGAAUAUGUCGUGAUCUAAACUUAACCGUCACCUGUUUACAACCUGUUAGAGAUGUAAUAGAAGUAACACCCAAAGCGAUCAAAUCAGCUCAAGAAAAAGUUUUCUCAUUAUUUCCUAUCAUGGAUGCACUUCACACAAACCUUUUACUUUGUUGUUCUUCUUCUUUACCUGAAAUCGAAUUAAAUCAAUCAAUCGAAUCAGCUAUCAAGAAUUUACAUCAGAUCGGUUUACAAGCUAAACUUCAUUCGAAAUUAAUUGCUUUCGAAGCUCUUUCUUGGGGUACUUUUAUAAAUACUUGGUCUCAAGCUUGGAAGAUUGUUAAAUCCGUUGAUUUACCUAAUGUUGGAAUCUGUCUUGAUUCUUUCAAUACACUUGCUAGAGAAUGGGCAGAUCCAACUGUUCAAGGAGGAAUCCAACCCGGAGCCAAUUCCCGUCUAUCAGAAUCUUUAAUCCAACUUUCCCAUCUACCAUCCGAAAAGAUCUUCCUACUCCAAAUCGCCGAUGGAUUAUUACUUCCCAAACCGAUUCCCAAAGAAUCUGAUCAACCAGCCUUAAUGAGAUGGUCCAGAUCAUCCCGAUUGUUUCCCAUGGAACCAGACGGUUAUUUACCUGUCGAAGCUUUCAUCAUGGCUGUUGCUUUAACAGGUUAUCAAGGAAUCUGGAGUGCUGAAGUCUUUAAUACUUCUUUGUUUUCAGAUCAUCAACUUGUUCCGAUCUCUCAUGCUUUACGU